CGCAACAAAGAGCAAAGAAAAAACAACACAAAGCGAACAGCGCUUUUGUGCACAGCGAAAAGGAAGAUCAGCUACUUGCGGCUCGAAGUGCUCUGGAGGAGGAGAAAAAGUGAAUAAUCGCAAUUUUCACCAAUAAAUACUUUCUGGACUUGCUAGCAGGUACAACAACAGCAGCAGCAGCAAAACUAUGGAAGCACUCCAGAAACUGCUGGGACAAAUCAAGGUGCCGUGCGCGAGUGAUAACGUCUACAAAGAGGAGUGUGUUUAUAGCUUUGACAAUCCGGAAUCUUCCACUGGUUUGUACGUGAGUUUAACUAGUUUUCUUGGAUUCGGUGAAAACUAUGCGAAGGGAUAUGCCACGAAAAGCGGAAACAAGGUAUUUCUUCACUUGAAGCGAGAUAAGAUCGAGAUUUCGGAGUCUUCGCAGGAAGGACCAGAGAAAAAGAUUACACGCCUAGCGAUUGGGGUCGAGGGAGGUUAUAACCCUUCAGACCAGAAAAAAUAUGAGUACAAGGAACAUUACAAGGUGGUACUGUUGCCGGAGGGAACCGCCAUCGGAUAUCCCAAUCAGGAUCUUCCGCUGAUUGUGCAAAAUUCCGUUGAAGCCGUUCUCAAUGCAGAGGCCGCAUCUGUGAAGCGAGAGCGAGAACAACUGUCCGGUACGUGGGACGGAGAGCUAAGGCAAGUGUCACGCCACGCGGAGAAUCUCUCGCAAUUGGAGAAUGGCAGGAAAAUACCACCGACCGGGUGGAAGUGCGAACGCUGUGAUUUGACCCGCAAUUUGUGGCUCAAUCUCACGGACGGUUCGAUUCUGUGCGGUCGCAAGUUUUACGAUGGGUCAGGCGGUAAUGACCACGCACUCAAUCACUACCGGGAGUGCAAUUACCCACUGGCUGUUAAGUUGGGAACGAUUACAGCGGAAGGAAAGGGUGAUGUCUAUAGCUACCAGGAAGAUGAUAUGGUCGAAGAUCCGUAUCUGGUUAAGCAUUUAGCUCACUGGGGUAUUAACGUUGGUCAGCUUGAGAAGACGGAGAAAUCUAUGGUCGAAUUGGAACUUGAUCUCAACAAGAAAAUUGGAGAGUGGGGCAUCCUUUGCGAGAGUGCCAGCAAUUUGAAGCCAAUUGCCGGACCCGGUUUGACUGGAAUGCGAAAUUUGGGGAAUUCCUGCUAUUUGAACAGUGUUAUGCAGGUUGUUUUCACAAUUCCCGAUUUUGUCGAACGAUUCGUUUCGGGAGCGAAGGAGUUUUUUGAAGCCUAUCCUGCUGAUCCGGCAAAUGAUUUCAACAUCCAAAUGGCAAAGCUUGGAACUGGACUUUGCAGUGGGAAGUACAGUUCUCUAACCGAAAACAGUUUGGACACGGUGGAUUACGGAGCGGGAAUCGCUCCCACGAUGUUCAAAGCGUUGAUUGGGAAAGGUCAUCCGGAUUUUUCCACGAAACACCAACAGGACGCGCAGGAAUUCUUUCUGCAUUUAGUUAAUACGUUGCAGAAGCACUCCAGAGCGCAGAAUAAUCCAGCGGAUGCCCUCAAAUUUUGCAUAGAAGAUCGCGUUGAAUGCUGCUCGAGUGGCAAGGUGAUGUACAAUCGACGCGAUGAGUGGUGUUUACCGUUGCAAAUUCCCCUCAAUCUUGCCACCAAUAUUGCCGAGGUUAGAAAGUACGAGGAGGAUUUGGAGCUGGCCGAGAAGGAGGGUCGUCGGCUUGAUCCGGAGGCUCUUGUGCGCCCCAAGAUUCCACUGAGCGCUUGUUUGGACACAUUCGCCCAACCAGAAAUUGUUGAGCAGUUCUACAGCACGGCAAUCAACGGCAAAACAACUGCCAAGAAAACAACCAAAUUGGCCACAAUGCCAGACUUUUUGAUAUUGCAUUUGAAGAAGUUCACCUUGAAGGAGGAUUGGACUUCUGUCAAGUUGGACGUGGCGAUUGACAUUCCCGAGGUUUUGGAUUUGGAAACGUUGCGUGGCAGUGGAAAGCAACCGAACGAAGAAGAACUUCCUGAGCUUGUUGGUAAAGCGCCAACGCCUCCUCCAAUGGAUCCGGCCGUGAUGGAACAGCUGAUGACAAUGGGUUUUCCGGCGGAGGCUUGCAAAAGGGCAAUUUUCUUCACCAAGAACACCGGCGUCGAAUCAGCUACCCAAUGGAUUAUGGAGCAUAUCGGGGAUGCCGAUUUUUCUGCUCCUUUCGUUCCACCGGGUACUGACACCGGCAAGGGAUCGGUGGCUUUUGUUCCUGAUCCGAUGGGAUUGGAGAUGUUGAUGGGUAUGGGUUUUACCGAUCUGCAAGCUACCAAAGCGCUGAAGGAAACUCAGAACAAUACCGAGCGAGCGGUGGACUGGAUAUUCUCCCACACGGAUGAGUUGGACAGCAUUGGGAUGGAAGCGGCGACUGCCGAAUCUGCCAAAGAGGCAUCAUCAAGCGUUGCCGCGCAGUAUCGAGAUGGGACCGGAAAAUACAAAUUGGUUGCAUUCAUAUCCCACAUGGGAUCAUCCUCACAGGUUGGUCAUUACGUGUGCCACAUUCUGAAGGAUGGUCAGUGGGUUAUCUUCAAUGAUAACAAAGUGGCCAUCUCUCAAAACCCUCCGAAGGAGCUUGGCUAUUUGUAUUUGUAUCAACGAAUUUAAGCGGAAGAACAUCAAACACGUCCAGGAUAUCAGUAAACUCAUUUUCCUUCUCUCUUCGAACGUGAUUACUAGUCUGUUUACUUCUACAGCGAUAAGUAUUGCAGUAGCGGAUUGCGUAGCAAUUUAUUGUUUCUGUUAUUUUUCGGUUGCCUAAUCCUUAGUGGCUUAAAACAAAAAUGUGGAAAACAAGGAGAAUAAAACAGACCAACUGUCAAUAUUACACUUA